AUGGUACUUUCUAUACGCCCGGCAAGAGAGGCAGACCUAGAGAUGAUUGGAAAUAUUGCAGCAGCAGCUUUCAAUCCCACCACGGACGCAAUAUCCCGACGCUUGUUUCCACCUGAGCUCCAACCGACGAACAUGCCAGUUGGGGAAGCAUGCAGACAAUGGCGAGCUACCCGCAAGACCUCGAGCUUCCACUCUGACGGCACUGCUCUAAUGGUGGCCGUAGAUGAUGCUCUGGAUAGGCAGAUCGUCGGCUUUGCGCUGUGGGACGUCCCAGUCCCAGCUGGUGCUGGCAGUUGUGAACCGCGCCAACCCCAAGAACCAGAACCUGCAGCACAUCCGGGCCUAGACAAGUCCGCAUUAGCUGAAAUGCGACAGAUUCUGGCAGACGAUGCCCGCGCGCAUUUCGGGGCCGAGAUGAAAAGGAAUGUGUGGCAUCUUGAUUAUAUUGCUGUGGACCCGCGUCAUUGGCGGAGGGGUAUUGGCAAGAUGCUCUUGCAAUGGGGCGUACAGCGGGCUGCAGCGGAAAAGAGAGACUGCUAUCUGGUUGCUACGCCUGCUGGGCGUCCGCUAUAUGAAGCUGCUGGAUUUACGGAAUUGGCUACCCUACAGAUCUUUGGUGUUCCUCACUUGUCAAUGAUCAAGAGGUAUGGUCCUGCCUCGCGGUAG